UCAUCUCUAUCCCCACACUCCUUGCUGACAUUUCAACUGUGCUUGUCAACAGCAAGUUAUCUCAGAACAAAAAAAUCAGACAGUACACAGAGAGAAUAACGAUUGGACUCUGUAGUAAUUGUAUUGGCUGAUCAAUAUCUAGUGUUGUAAUCAUGGCUUGGCUGCAUGUCAGCAGCUCUGAAGAGUCUCUUCUGGAGCUCGUCCUCUGACCCUACUGGACUGAACUCUGCCAAACCUGAAACAGCUCUGGAAUAUGUCUGAAAGUCUUGACCCACUGGACAGCUUUGUUUUUACAAUCAAGACGCACUUCUUAUCAGAGCAGUUGAGGCAAUGAGGAGGGAAUUUUGGCAAUUUCAGUUUCUAUUCGUGCUGUGGGUGCAUACUGUUAUCAUCGGAGCGUGACUAAGCCUGUAUCCUCUACGUAGGAAACUUCAACUCUCUGCCCAAACACCAUAUACUGAAACUGCCUCACACUCAGAAACAUCAGAGGACAACCAAGUGAUUUUAUCUCUUGAGCUCAUUGAACCACGAAAUAGGAUGGAGGAUACAAAAUGUCCAAGCUAUAUGGAUUUUAAAGUAUCGAGUAAGCUCAUAUUGCCUGUGUCACUUUUACUCAAUUGUCAAAUUGACAAACUCUUACUGUGAAACUCUUUUUUUUUUUUUUUUUUUUUACUCUGGCAGGUGAAUUUCUAACCAAGAAAGUGACAGAAAACUAAAGGAACAAUGAACGUUACAAACUCAACUGUGUGUGUUAAAUUCGACGAGAGUGCCAUCAGUGACUUCCUGAUGUCUGUUUACAUCCUGGCUUUUAUCUUUGGUUUGAUCUUCAAUGUAUUGACCCUGGGCCCCAUUUGGAAUCAAGUACAGCAGCGAAACGUUCUGGGUAUCUUCCUGCUAAGCCUGUCCAUCUCCGACAUGCUUUUCCUUUUCACUAUGCCCCUUUGGAUCAAUUAUUACCGGCAUGACCACCGCUGGACGCUAGGUGUCAUCUCCUGCGGUGUAGCUGGCUUCUUCUACUACUCCAACAUGUACAUCAGCAUCUACCUGCUCUGCUGUAUCUCUUUGGACCGCUGCUUGGUGGUCACCUACCCGCUCCACUCCAAGUCCUACCGUACAUCAUGCUACGCCUGGGCACAGUGUGCCACUAUUUAUGUUGUAGUGAUGGCGCUGCACAUCAUGGUACUGGUUUUUGACAAUCUCAAAGAUGUCCACGAUGAUAUAAACAACAAUCGUUGUUAUGAGACUUACCCCAUGCAGAAGCCUGUCGCCUUGUUCAACCUGCUCAGAGUGGGCAUCGGCUUCCUGCUGCCCCUGCUCAUGUUGACGGUGAGCUACUGGAGGGUGCUGGCCACUGUGGGCCAGAGUCCUGGCCUAAGUGCCCAGGCUAAGAGGAAGGUCCGUCUGCUGUCCUUUGGGGUGAUUGGGAUCUUCUCAAUUUGCUUUGCGCCAUAUCACAUCAUCCUGCUCGCACGCUCACUAGUCUUCUACCGCAGCAAUGACGCAAGUUCUCAAGGAGAUUACUGCCAGUUUGAACAAAAAAUGCACUUUUACUUCUCAUGUACGCUGGCACUGUCCAGUCUGAACUGCGUGGUGGACCCUGUGCUGUAUGCGCUGGUUAGUAACGGAGUCCAGGAGGAGGUGAAACUGUGCUGGAGGAGACAUAAAAGGACACAGACAAACACAGACUGUGCUUUAACUGCAUUCACCAGAGAAAAGUAUAAUACUAACUUAAUAUGAAAAGUAAAUUGUAUGAGGGUGGACAAGUGCACCUGUGCAUUCGUAUGCAUGCGUGUGUAUAUACACGAUUCUGCACAAUACUGUAACUAUUUCAAGACAUGUCUUCAUUUUUAGAGUUAGCAAGUAAGUAGCAAGAUUACUUACAUCCCAUAAUUAAUCCUUCCUGUACAGAAAAUCCUUUGAGAGAAUCACUUUUUCUGUCUUUUUGUCUCUCCCUCAUAUACUGCACAGUGUAGAGGAGGGUUGAAUAACAUGUAUCUCAGAUCUCUGUAAUUGGAUUGCACUCCCAGUUUCUGCUCUCCCAAGAGUUCUUCAGUGGCAGCCACUUCUGUUUUGUGGUUGGACACUGUUGGAGCUGAAGAGCCCUUGUGUUUUCCCUCCAAUCUACACAAGGAUAUUGUUUAUUAGCAUGACUGUGUGUCCUUAGUGUCUGACCAUCUGUGAAACCUGUUUAAUGCAAAUCCAAAUAAAACAGGUAGUUUAGCCUAUGCAGAAAAUA